GUAAUGAUGAAGUUGUAGCUGAAGUUGUAUUAGUGAUAAGCGUAACUCUAACUGUAAGUCUUAGCUUUAGUCCUUAGACUCUGACUCACACUCAGUAGCAAAAAAAAUGGAUCCGGAUCCUACCAGUUCGGGUACGAUAUCUGGUAGAGGAAUCUACCAUCCGAUGAGGCAGAGUAUCGGAAGGAAGCUAAUGGAAAGAACAAUAACGAAGAUGGAGGACUCGAUAUUUUACCUGGCUACGAAAGCAACGGUACUAUUCUAAAUUUCUACUUUGUAUUUCUAUUUCUAUUUCGCGUUCACCUUCACCUUCACGAUUUAGAAAAUUUAGAUUUAGUCCUAGUCGUACUCGUAGAGCUAGACCUAGACCUAGUAGUACUAGUUCUAGGACUAAUAGUACUAAGUAAAGAGAAAGUGAAAGAUGAAGAUGAAAAGGAAAACCAAAAACACUACGCAAUUCCCAAGCAAUCUCUACCUGACCCCUAUCCCUCUCCCCAAUCCCUAACCAUAUUCCUAUCACGAACUCCAUCUCCAACACGAACACCAACAACAUCCCAUCAGAAUAAACUCGCGCGCGGAUCGAAACCACAUAGUUCCGCCAAACAGGAAGGAACCCCGUGGUACGAUCUUGGAACGCUUUUCACAGCGCUAAGGAGGCAGGAGGAGUGGGACUAUCUUCAAGAUGACGAGUUGAAGUAUCUCCUGACGACCUCCUUGGAUCGCAUGGUCAACGAAGCUAGGGCAAAGAUGGAAUACGCACAAAACGAUGGCGUCUAUGAUCUGGAUUGCCCGACAAGCUUUUGCUUGGUCACGAGGAAAGGCAACAGCACGAUGGCGCAGCCGUAUUCGCCAUACGGCUUCGGGAGCUCGCAGUAAUAGUUUCUGUUACCCAAUGAUUGGGAUUGGGAUUGGAGAUUGGAAUCGGGAUUGAGUUGAUUGUGG